ACGCGAAGCGGUAUUUGUUCGAAUCCAACUGCAAAAAAAAAAGAAAACAAAGAUGUCGAUCAUUUUUCCUUCACAAAGUUAAAGUAAUAGUGUUUGUAAACAGUGUAGUGUGUGUCGUAACGCGUUAGAAAAUAAGUAUAAACUACAAAAUGUCUGCGAAGGGCGCCAACUCUAUCCAGGUAUGCAUAAAGGUGCGUCCCUGCGAGCCCGGGCAUUCUUCGCUAUGGCAGGUUAAGGAGGGCCGCUCCAUCCAACUGGCGGACAGUCACGCGGAGCCCAGUGUCUUCGACUACGUCUUCGAUGAGGGCGCUGGCAACCAGGAGGUAUUUGACCGAAUGGCUCAGCACAUUGUUCGCGCCUGCAUGCAAGGCUUUAAUGGAACUAUUUUUGCCUACGGCCAGACGUCGUCGGGCAAGACCUAUACCAUGAUGGGCGAUGGCCAGAAUCCCGGCGUUAUGGUGCUGGCCGCUAAAGAGAUUUUCCAGCAAAUAGCCAACGAAACCGAGCGCGACUUCUUGCUGCGCGUGGGCUACAUUGAGAUCUACAACGAAAAGAUCUACGACCUGCUUAACAAGAAGAACCAGGAUCUAAAGAUCCACGAGGCUGGCAAUGGAAUCGUGAACGUGAACUGCGAGGAGUGCAUCAUAACUAGCGAGGACGAUCUCCUGCGCCUCCUAUCCCUGGGAAACAAGGAACGCACCGUGGGCGAGACCAAUAUGAACGAGCGCUCCAGUCGAUCGCAUGCCAUCUUCCGGAUAAUUAUCGAGUCUAGGAAGUCUGACCGCACAGACGACGAUGCUGUUAUCCAGAGCGUUUUGAAUCUGGUGGACCUGGCUGGAUCCGAGCGCGCAGAUCAGACUGGGGCCACCGGGGCACGACUUAAAGAGGGCGCUCACAUUAACAAGAGCCUCAUGUUCCUUAGCAACGUGAUCAAGAACCUUUCCGAGAACAUGGACAACAAGUUCAUUAGUUUUCGCGACUCCAAACUGACGCGCAUUCUACAGGCGUCGUUGGGCGGCAAUGCCUUUACCUCCAUUAUAUGUACCAUCAAACCGUCGAUUAUGGAGGAGUCGCAGUCUACGCUGAACUUCGCCAUGCGGGCCAAGAAGAUCCGCAUUAAGCCUCAGGUCAAUGAAAUGGUGUCCGACGCCACGAUGAUGAAGCGACUGGAACGCGAGAUCAAGACGCUGAAGAGUCAGCUCGCUGAAGAGAAGCGGAAGAAAGAGAGUCAGCUGACGGUGCAGGACCUGGAGCGGCGGCUCAAGACUGACACUAAGAUCAUCUCGAGCACAUCGCUGAGUGAUCAGCGACAGCAGAAGCGCCGACGCACCUGGUGCCCGGCGCCUACGGGCCAGGACGGUUCCCUCCCCUCGCUGACAGGCAUUCUUAAUGAGUCUCGUCUGAUACGGCCUUCGAAUCUAUCCCAUCUGCCGAAGCCGACAUUUUUUGCCACCUCUAAUAUUGCAUAUCGAGGAAAUGCCGUACCCAAGACCGUAAACAUCCUCAGUUCCCUGGAUGUCACCACCGAUAACGACGGCGAGAUCCACGAAAAAUUCGUGCCUGCGGAGAGCGUUGACUUCGAUACGCCGCCACAACACUGGCCCAAGCCAAGCCGAAAACUGCCAGACUUGGCCUUGACACCAGUUCCCAAUCCAAUGGGGCCCGAAACAGUGGAAAAGAUUAAGAAAGAGAUCGAGGAGCUGCAAACGUUCACCAGCUUGGAAAAGCACUUUGAUGUGGAGUGGACAGAGGUGCAGGUUCUAAAGGAGAAUCUUGAAAAGGUCACUGCUCAGCGGGAUCAAUUAGAGCAGGAUUGCUUGACCAAAGCCGAGCGUUGCGAAGCCAUGCAAACCGAGGUCGCCACCCUGACUGGAGCCACCGAAGCAGCCAACUCGAAGAUCGUCGAGUACGAGAACCAAAUAAAAGCUCUGAAAGAAACCAUUGCCAAGAUGGAUGUAGAGAACCGCGAGGCAAUCAGUUUGGAGUUCCAGUUCGAGGCUUACAAGAAGAAGUCCAGCCUGCGAGAGAAGGACUUGCUGUCAGCCCUCUCCGAGAAAGAGUUGGCCAUUGAAAAUUUGCAAAAGAGCCUCGAUGAUCUAUCUCGAGAUAUGGUGCGCAACAGCAAAGAGGCUCUCAUGCGUUCCAUGUGCCCCAAUCAAGUUGAGUUAGGAGACAUAACGCUAAAUGAAACCGACGUAAAUGAAGGCUCAAAUAAAGUUGAUUGCGAAUGCGACAGGCUUCGAUCUGAAAUCGCCGCGACUCAAGCCAAGUUGGAGAGAAUGCAGUCGGACUUCGAUGUGGCUGUAAGCGAGGCGACCCAAAAGAAGGAUGACUGUCAGCGGCUAUCAGCGGAGAUUUCCAAGGCCCAUGAUGACUUUGCGAUGCUGCAGGGCAGGUACGACGCCCAACAGGAAGCUAUUGAAACUAUGCAGGCAAACUUCCAAGCAAUUCAGCAAAAGUACCAAAAGCUACAGGAGGAAUACGAGUAUCUGGAACGCACUUCACACGCCUCUGAAUCGUACCAGCAGCUGCAGGCUGAAAACACGAGUCUGCAGCUCGAGAUUAAAACUCUGAAGGAGCGAGUGGAGGAAACUCAGCGUAAGCUAUUGUAUGUUCCUAGCCAAGACGACCUUGCCGAAGAAAUAAAAGCUCAAAACAACGAACUAAAGGCGAAGCUAGCUGAGAUGACGUCCAACUUCAACUCGAUCCAAGAGGAAUACGACAAUCUUUCCAGUCAGCUAAUGGAAUCGGUUCAGGAGAACGAUUCUCUUCGGAAUGAGCUAAAGCAGCGACCCCUUCCCAGUUACGACGUGGAAUCCAUGAAGAGUUCUGGCGUUGACUCCAUGAAAAGUUCUGGUGUAGAAACUGAAUUCGGGGAAACAGAGCAAGAGGCAGUCUUCAACAAUGAUCUCCUGGAGCAGUUUGCUAAGCUGUCAGAAUCGAUCCAUCAGAUUGAACUUAAAAACCAUUCGGGAUUAAGUCGUCUCUUCAGAGUUUCUAAGCCGGAGAAGGAGCAGGAGAAUAAUAUAACAGCUCUGAAGCUUUGCCUCGAAUCUUCAAAGUACAUCGAGAGCGAGACUCAGCAGGCUAAUGCAUCCGAAGGCAUUCCCCUCAAAGGCGUUAUAAAACAACAAAUGUUCCAAUUUGUGGCACUAAGUCAGGAUCACCUUGACGGCGGAGAAGAAAAGCGGCUCCUUAAUCUCAUAUCUCAGCUGGAACAGGAAAUCAAGGAGAAAAACGAGCUGAUGGAGGCCACAGAAGCAACCAUUAAUGAGAUGCGAGAGCAGAUGACCAACCUGGAGUCUGAACUUUUGGAAAAGAGUGUGAUUGUUAAUAAGGUUGAGGACUACCAGCGUCAGAUCGAGUCCCUGGAAAAGCAGAAUGCGGAAAUGACCAUGGUGUAUGAGGAGCUGCAGGAUAAAGUUCAUAGAAACAGCACAAUGAGCGAGAGUCUGGUGCAUCUUAUGCCCAAUGAUGAUACCAUCUCAGGUUCCCAUGAAUCGUCCGCCAGGCAAUCCCAAGAGGAUUCCUCCCAUAAAGCAUCCCUCGCCGAGCUGCAAACAAAAGUAUCCGAGUUGCAGGCAGAAGUACAGAGUCUGUUGAAGCAGAUGCAGCUCAAGGAAGAUAACAUCGCUGAGCUAAAAGCCGAAAUUGAGGAAUUGGGCGAGCGCUGUUUAUCUUCGGAGGUAAAGUUGGUGGAGCUGGAGAACGAAGUCCAGGAAAAGCAACAGCAACUGGACCGCCAGAGUCAGAAACUUUCCGAUGAUGCUCUGCUUAUAGACCAGCUUCAGGAAAAGAAUGCAAAGCUUCAAGAGCGCAACAUCAAGGUAGAGGAGCAGACCACUCCUUCCUCUGAGUAUGAAAAACAAAUAGAGGAACUAAGGCAGUCAUUGAGUAGAGUCAAAUAUGAGCUUAUAACAACGGAAAAGCUAAAAACUGAUGAGAUUAAUUCCCUGCAGCUGGAGUACUUAAUGAAAAUCGAAGGAAGUGAGAACGAGAACCGUGCGAAAUUCCGUGGAUAUACCCAGGAACUGGAGGAGAGCAAGGAUCGGUAUGAAAACGAAAUAAGACUGUUGAAGGAACAGCUGUUGCAGGCCGAAGAAGAGCUGUCUAGUCUAAAGGAUCACGUCCAGACUGAGCCCGACGAGAACAGAGUUACUCUCCAGGAAAAGCUUAGCCAGAUGGAAGAGGAAAGGCAAAAGGUAAAAGCCCAGCAUGAGACGAUCACGAAAAGUCUGAAAGAGAAACUAGCUGAAGCCGAGGCACAGACUGCCCAGCAUCAAGCGGAGCUUGAAACGAUCACACAAACCCUGAAUGAAAAGUUAGCUGAAGUCAAAGAAAAACAGGCUUAUAUUAACGAUAUAACCUGUCAACGGGACGCAAAAGAAGCCGCAGUUGCUGAACAGGAAUCGGCUUUGGAUAAACUAAAGAUGGAAAAUCAACAACUACUGGAGCAGCUUCAAAAACUAUCACAGGCAGACCACGAACAGCGCAACGAACAGAUUGCCUCCUUCAACAACAAGAUCCAGGAACUUACAACUAAGUGUGACCAACAAGCUUUGGACUUGAAUAACAUGAAGCAGGAGAGGAUUAAUCUGCAGGCAGAGAUCAAUGAAGCCAAUGUACAGUAUUUGAGCGCCAAAAAUAGCCUCCAGAAAGUCGAAUCAGAAAUGGAUGCUCAAAGACAGAAACAGCUGACAUCAGAAAGGGAAUUUAAGGAGCAAUUCAAGGCUUUCACCACCAAAAUCAGUGAGCUCGAAGAAGCUCUACAAAGUUCCCAAUUGAACGCCAUCAGCCAUGACGAUCUGGUUUCGAAGCACAAAGAGCUGAUGGCCUCAUCGAACGGCAAAAUUCAAGAGCUUCAAGAAAAGUACGAGCAGCAAUUACGUGACAUAGGUACUUUAGGACAGGAAAAGUCAAUUCUGCAAGUCAAAAUCGAUGAAGCCGAUGUACAGCACUCCAGAACUUUAAAAAAACUUAACGAACUUGAAAUGCAACUGAAUGAUUUGAGCCAGCAGAAGGUAACGGAGAAGUCUGAUUUCGAGGAGAAGCUCGAGACUAUGUCAGCUAAAUUAAGUGAUCUUGAAGCAGAACUGCAAAGUGCUAGGCUAAAGGCUGCUAGUCUAGACGAUCUGCUUUCAAAGCAUGAAGAUCUGAAGAUAUCCUUUUCGGAGGCAACGGCAGUGUCCGCCACGCUACAGGAGAAGGUGGACAUAUUGCAGUCACAACUGCUUGCUUCUCAAAAGGAAGUCUCCAGUCGAGAUCUUGAAAAGGAACACCUUCGUUCGGAGCUGAAGCAUGUCCAGAAGGCAAAAGAUACUGCUAGCGCGGAGCAAUUGGCUCUUACAUCGCAGCUGCAGGCAGUGGAGGAAAAGAUGGCCAGCCAAGCAGGAAAGUUCGAAAAGGAGCUCAUAGAUGUCAACAGUUCUAUGAACGAGUUGCAAUUAAAACUAAAAUCGGUGCAAGCGCAAAAGGAUAGCCUGGAGGCUGAAAAUGAGGAUCUUAAAGUGAAGCUGAGGAAUGUCCACAACCUCCGCAACCAGCUUGAAGAAGAGCAGAAGCUACGCACAACUUUACGAACUCAAUUCACUGAGCUGGAAGAGACAAAAACUAGAUUGAAGGAGGAGCUACGGAAUAAGGAAGCACAAUUUAAACAAAAAGUCUUGGAGAUGGGUCAAGAAGUGGAGAUAGGUCGGCAUUCCCUUGGAGAACUGACCAAGGAGUGCAAUAAGCUACGACGCGAAAUGGAAACAAAAACGAAAAGUUUCGAGAGCGUUAAGGAGGGCUUAAAUUCGAAUAUAUCCACUUUGUCAAAGGAAAAGCAACUGAUGGAAGAGAGGAUCAGUGCCUUGAAUUUGAAUGAUAAUCGUAAUGCUGAACUCAUAGCGAAGCUUAAAGCCAAAGAGGCAGAAUCAGAGGCAGCCAACACUAAAAGCCGGCAAUACAUGGACCAGAAAGUGGAACUCACAAAGGAGAUCGAAAAGCUACGAACAACUUUGAAAUCCAAGGAGAGCAGCAUACUGACUGAGAGGGAGAGCAUGAAUGCCACUAUUUCUAGUCUUCUCGAAGACAAGCGUAACCUCGAGGAGAAGCUGUGCACUCUGAACGAUAUUGUCACCAAGCUGGAGACUGAACUCUCUACCUUACAAUCUCUUAAAACCAACAGUUCCUUUGACUCGAAUACAUCGUCAGGCUCUGCGCCGAGGAAGAGUUUUGACCGCAAUCCUACGGCUAGUGUUCCAAGAAAAUCGGCAGGCUUUGAAUCCGAGAUGCGGAGGAGUCGGCGGCUUUCAGCUUAUGACGAGCACCGGAGGCAGUCCUAUUGGAAUGACGUUAGGGAUUGUGGCACCAUGACAGACCCAGUGGACAACAACUGUAACUGCACGGAAUUGGAUAGCAAGCUGCAGGCUUGCCAGCAAGAACUAUUCAUUCGUGAGAGCCAGGUUACUGCCUUAAACAUGGAGCUGAAGCACCAUCCUCUGAAGGACGAGAAUGCGCAAUUAAAGAAACGUGUGAUAGAGGAGCAGGAGAAGGCUAGAUCUGAGCAGAAGCGGCUCAAGAUGAAGAUUCAGGAUCUCAAUGCCAAAGUCAAUGAUCUCUCUAAUGCUGCCAAGUCGGCACCUGCUCAAGUGUCUGAACCUAAGCCGAGCUUAGUGUCUCCGUCGGUCCACACACAAACUGAAUGUCAAUUGGAGAAGAAGUAUCAGGAUGCUCUUGUCUUGCUGCGCUCUCGCUACCAUCUCAUCAAGGAUUUGGAGGAGAAGUUAAAGCAGAAUGAGAACACUGAUACAUCCAAUGUAUCAUCCCUGACCAGUGGCAAAAUCAAUUCACUUACGAAACAAUGUGAAACGUUAAAGAAGGAACUGGCUACUGUCAGGGAAAAGUAUGAAACGUCAAAGCGUGUUUUAAUGAUGCGCAAGGACGAAAUGGGCAAGAUGCGCGAUAAGAUAGCUGCCUUCGAAUCAGCUGCUGCUGCACCGAAAUAGGCAACUUGCCUCUACUUUAGGUGUAUAUAUAUGUUAGUUAAUCGGUCCGGGAACUAAGUCAUCUUUCUAUGUCUUUUGACCGCUUGUCGGUUUUAGUUUUUAAUAAGCAAUUUAAUAUGUACAUUGCUUAGCAUUUAUUUAUCUUACCUUUUUAAGUAAUGUAUCUGCCGCCCAAUGAGAGCCUGAAAGGCACAAACUAUUCAGGCAAAACGCACAAAUUGUUCUUCAUAACGCGGCUUUAUUGUAAUGUCAAUAAAUAUUUAUAACUUUCUAAGCA